AGGAAGGCCGGGAGCCCCUGCGCCGGGCUGGGUCCGAAAGCGCGGGCGUCCGGCCCCCAGGGAAGGAGACUCAGUCCGAGAGAUGCCAAGUUCCUGCAGUCUCUCUGAAGUCCGGCAGAACACAGUCUCAUUGGAGGAGGCAUGGGUGAGGGGGUGGUAGAGGAUGCCACCCACAUCUGAAGCCUGCAGAGUAUCCUGGCCUGGCCGCUGAGCCCCCCUCAGAUGUGGGACUUCAGGUAUAACCCGGAGUAGAGCUCAUGAAAAGUGCUUGGGUUUCUCCAGCCCCCUUCACCAAUGUUCACCGGACUGGUCUGGAUAUCAGAAUCUGAAUGGAGCUGACAGAGGAAGAAAAAAGCCUCUAGAAACCUCCAGAAUCAAUUCUCUGGGCCCCUUCCAACUGCUUGGGCAACAGAGAGCAGGUAGCAAGCUGCUGGAGGCUGUGAUUCAGCCGAGCUUUGGACUAUCGUAAGGAACCCAGUUCAGCAAUGGCUCCAUAUUUCACCCAAAGGAACGUCUUUGAAUGAAGGAUUUAAAGGGGAGGGUUUUUUCUGCUUUACUGUGACAGAAAACAUUACGUUCUCUUAGAGAACGGCCCUGUUUUUUUCUUUCCAAGAGCUGUAUUUGCAAGAAGCAUGAGCCUUCCUAAGUUUCGAGGUGGGCUCGGGCUGUGUAGGAGGUGGUGGACAGCUCUCCCCAUGCAGGUUCAGAAAACAGUCUGAGCCUCCAACUUCUGCAGCUCGCGGCUAUGAACAUAGGCACUGCCGUCUCCAGCAAGCUGGUGGCUGCACAAUCACCAGGACCAGAAGCAUCAGCCCUCUGCUUUGGGACUUGACAGAAUGAAGUGUGCUGGGGCAGCCACUACCUGGGACGUGGCCUUUCCUGUCUGCCCCUUUGUCGCACGGGCAGCCCCUGACCACUGAGCCAACAAUGGCCGAGAAGGGCGACUGCAUCGCCAGUGUCUACGGGUAUGACCUCGGAGGACGCUUCAUUGACUUCCAACCCCUGGGCUUCGGUGUCAACGGGCUAGUGCUGUCAGCUGUGGACAGCAGGGCCUGCCGGAAGGUGGCCGUGAAAAAGAUCACCCUGAGCGAUGCCCGCAGCAUGAAGCACGCGCUCCGGGAGAUCAAGAUCAUCCGGCGCCUGGACCAUGACAACAUCGUGAAGGUGUACGAGGUGCUGGGACCCAAGGGCACCGACCUGCAGGGCGAGCUGUUCAAGUUUAGCGUGGCCUACAUUGUCCAGGAACACAUGGAGACUGACCUGGCCCGCCUGCUGGAGCAGGGCACACUCACGGAGGAGCACGCCAAGCUGUUCAUGUACCAGCUGCUCCGCGGGCUCAAGUACAUCCACUCGGCCAACGUGCUGCACAGGGACCUGAAGCCUGCCAACAUCUUCAUCAGCACAGAGGACCUUGUGCUCAAGAUUGGGGACUUUGGGCUGGCGAGGAUCGUCGAUCAGCAUUAUUCGCACAAGGGUUAUCUGUCUGAAGGCUUGGUAACAAAGUGGUACCGCUCACCGCGCCUGCUCCUCUCCCCUAACAACUAUACCAAAGCCAUCGACAUGUGGGCCGCUGGAUGCAUCCUGGCGGAGAUGCUCACGGGGAGGAUGCUCUUCGCAGGGGCUCACGAGCUGGAGCAGAUGCAACUCAUCCUGGAGACCAUCCCCGUGAUCCGGGAGGAGGACAAGGACGAUCUGCUCAGGGUGAUGCCCUCCUUCGUCAGCAGCACCUGGGAGGUGAAGAGGCCGCUGCGCAAGCUGCUCCCCAAAGUGAACAGUGAAGCCAUUGACUUUCUGGAGAAAAUCCUGACCUUCAACCCCAUGGACCGUCUGACAGCCGAGAUGGCGCUGCAACACCCCUACAUGAGCCCGUACUCCUGCCCCGAGGACGAGCCCACCUCACAGCACCCCUUCCGCAUCGAGGAUGAGAUCGACGACAUCCUGCUGAUGGCCGCCAAGCAGAGCCAGCUCUCCAACUGGGACAGGUACCCGGUGAGUCUGUCGUCGGACCUCGAGUGGCGACCUGAUCGGUGCCAGGACGUGAGCGAGGUGCAGCGCGACCCGCGCGCGGGCUCCGCCCCGUUGGCCCAGGACGUGCAGGUGGAUCCCCGCAAGGACUCGCAGGGCAGCUCGGAGCGCUUCCUGGAGCAGUCGCACUCGUCCAUGGAGCGCGCCUUCGAGGCGGACUACGGGCGCUCCUGCGACUGCAAGGUGGGGUCUCCAUCCUACCUGGACAGGCUGCUGUGGCGCGACAAUAAACCUCACCACUACUCGGAGCCCAAGCUCAUCCUGGACCUGUCAAACUGGAAGCAGGCGCCGCCAGGCCGCCUGGCCCACAUCGAAGGGGGCUCCAGCCCCCAGUUCGACCUGGACGUGUUCAUCUCCCGCGCGCUAAAGCUCUGCACCAAGCCCGAAGACCUGCCCGACAGCAAACUGGGCGACCUCAAUGGCGCCUGCAUCACUGAGCAUCCUGGCGAACUCGUGCAGACUGAGGCCUUUUCCAAAGAAAGGUGGUGAAGGUGGAGGGGUGUCGUGAGGACGGUCACCCGCGAGAAACCUGGCCUGACAGGAGGGGCCGGGUGUCCUUGCACCUCCACCACCCCUCCCGCCCUUCUCUGCUGCCUGGCGCUAGCAGAACACAGGAAGGAUCCGAGGAGCGAGAGGAAUGUCCAUUUCGUAAACUGCCUUAAUUACUAGCCUUUAACCUCUGGGAGAGUCUGAACAGGAGCCUAGUCUGGGGUCGGUCACUUUCCCAGGAAGAGGAGGCGGUGAUUGGUGGUGCCCAGGGAAGAAACGUCUUAGUCUGCACUCCACUCGGGGUGUCUGGGUGUGCAGGAAUCUUGCGGGCGUAGUGCUGAAUCCCCCUGGCCCACCCUGCCUCCAGUGAUGCAUGAGGAGGGUCAGUGAGGUCCAGAGAUGCAAAUAAGCCUCCUAACCAGGGUGGGCCAGCCUAGAACUCAGCCUCCCCGCCCCCAGCCGCUGUCUGGCCACUACCCAAAGUCUUCCUCUGGUGGUUCUGGCACAACACUUAGUCCAAGAACGUUUCUUCCCGGCCCACUACCUUCUCACCCAUUCUGUGUCCUUCCGUUCAGAACAAUGGAAAUUGAGCCUUGUUACCCCUACUCAACCCCUGACUUCUCAAGUACUUCAUUGUUCUCAUCCGCCAAGGCCCUGUAUUUGCCUCACUCAUUCCUGGUCUGAAGUCUUGGUUUCAGAUCAGACCCGUUUGGGGUCCUGGGUAGAACAGCUCCUCCGGAAUAAUGUCCUAUGCACUUUCCUAACGCCCCCACUGACGCAGACACAGUCCGCGUUCCCCAGGGGAUGUCGUACACUGGAGCGUGUGAAGACAGCACCCCCGAGAAUGCCUUCAGCCCGCCCCACCCACACCCACAGCUCCUCUCCAAGCCCACCUCAGGAACACACCGCACGGGUGCCACGGCCACAGAGCAAGCGUGUUAGGAGAGAGCAUCUCCCCCGGGACCCAUCACACGCCACUGGUGCCGCCCUGGCUCCUGACCACCCGUGUAGCGCUGGCCAGGAGCGGGCCCUAAGGCAAUACCCUGCAAGUGUGACCUAGGGACCAAGAAUUCAGAAAGGUAUACGGUCUUGAAAGUGGGGAGCCAAUAGUCACGGCCUUCAAGGAUCAGACACCAGCAUGGGGCCCCCACAACAGAGGAAGGGAGGCAGGACAGACACACCCCUCAUAGGUUAAGCCAGGAGGCACUUGAAGCAUGCAAAUCCAGAGGUGCCCCCCACACGGCCUGGGGGGGGGGUGGCGUGGGACCCAGCAGCCCCUCUGCAGAAGCUAAAGUCCAGUGCCCUGAACUCCUCUGCCAUGUCUACCACUGGUGUUCGGGACCCAAAGGUCCUCCUAGGAAGCCGGUCCCCCGUGUAAGCAGGGGAUUCGCCAGCUGGGCCUGGGCUGUGUUCAUCCUCCCCUAACAGCACCUUAAACCUAAUCCGCUAACUAGGAUUUGUACAUUGAAACUUGCAACACAGUAGAAACUUAUUUAAAAACCAGAUAUAAUCCACUGACCAAUUUUUCAAUGGAAAAUAUGUAAAUAUAAAGCGUUUGGAUUUUUUUUAACUGAAGGAAAUGCUGGCCCCUCUCAUGUGCCAUUGCCCUCAGAGGGCGGCUUUGCUUUCGUGGUGAAGGAGCAAGCUGCUGACCUUGACCAGGAGGUCAUGUAUAGUUGUUACUGCAGAGGAAUUGUUAUUACUCUCAUGUUAAAAAAAAAAAAUCUAUUAAACUUGAUCAGGA